AUGGAUUUGGAAACAGCACGUGCCAAUUAUCCAAACAGACUAGAGAGGUUAGAAGAAGAACGUCUUAUGGACAUGCCUUUCGAUGUUAGUGAACCUCAAGUUGAAGGACACGACGGCUUUGCCAGAUUCUACUGGAAACAUGACGAACAAUUGCAUCCUUUGAGAAGGAAAAAAGGAAAAGGUGAAGACGCACAUGCUCCCAUGGAAAGAACAAGAUAUGCAUAUGAAAAGUAUCGUGAAGUUAGAAGUCAAAUUACAUCUGGUCGAACCUUUACAGUAAACUUUGACGAAGGAAAGAACAAAGAAGGCUUCAUGGGAGUACUUGCUGCAAUUCAAGACGGAAAUAAGAAAGGACACAAUCUCAGAUUGACCAUAACAGAUUUGGAUGGUCACAUUUACUAUGCACAUGGCAAUGAACAAACAGCCGCAAAACUUCUUGACGCUUUCAAGACUACAAAGAGAGAACAAAUGGUUGACUCCGACUCAGACAUUUUGAAUGCAAUUGAAGGAAUUGCAAGUGUCAAGUUCGAAUGGUACCAACCUAACCCUCAAGCAGUCAGACAACAUGCUGGAUACUUCCCGUUCAUAAAUAAGUCUGACAUUGACUUGACAAGGUAUGGAAUUUACAAUUCAAUUGAAACAAUUGUCAAUGAACCUUGCAUUCUUACAUGUCUCAGGAACUCUGGUCUUGUUACAGAUGAGAAGAUGAAGUAUCUUGAGUCAUGUGUGAAGACAAGGUACAUUCUCAGAGGUCAAUUGGCAAAAAUUGCACCGUUGGCAAAUGUCAAUAUCCGAGUCAACAUACCUACAGCUAAAGGUUCUUCACAUGACGACUAUGUUGUUGACAAAGACUUACCAUGGUUGAAGAUU